AUGGGGCCUGUUUUAUUUACUCUCUACGUUUCCUGCCUCUUUAACAUUAUUUCUCAGCACCUCCCUUCCGUCCGUGGCUAUGCUGAUCACACCCAGAUUUACCUCUCCUUCCGACCUUGUUCUAUCCAUUCGGAAAUUAACACUGUCUCUAUAAAUGAAAAGUGCAUCGCUGAUGUUCGCUCUUGGUUUACUGGAAAUCGUUUAAUGAUCAAUGACGCGAAAACUGACUUUCUAAUUAUUGGCACCCUUCAACAACUUGAAAAAAACAUCUGUUGAAUCUACUAUCAUUGGUGACACCGUCAUUAAACCUUUAGAAAGCGUCCGGAACCUUGGGUCCUGGUUCGAUGCUCGUAUGCGAACGAAUAUUCACAUAGGCAAGACUUGUAGCAAGGCUUUUCGCGGACUAUACAACAUAAGACAGAUCAGAAAAUUCCUUGCCGUGCAAUCCACAGACACUGAUCCAUGCCUUUGUAUCUUCGCACCUUGAUUACUGUAACGCACUUCUAUUUGGUCUACGUAAAUAUCAACUUCAUCGUUUACAGAAAGUUCAGAAUGCCGCGGUUAGAGUGACUUUUCAGAUUGCGAAAUUUGAUCAUAUCACACCCGCUUUUAUCGACUUACAUUUGGCAUCCAGUAACGUUUAGAGUUCAGUUCAAAUUGCUCCUUUUUGUUUACAAGUCAUUGCACAACCAAAGUCCAUUCUACAUUAAAGAUCUUUUAUCCCUGAAACCAGCUGCUAAUUAUGCUCUUCGUUCGUCUGCACAAUCUCUUCUGUUCGUUCCAAAAGUCAACUGCUCUACACUUGGGGAUCGGGCCUUUGCUCAUGCUGCACCUGUUUUAUGGAACUCGCAGCCAUUAACUAUAAGAACAAGUAGCAUACUCGCCAUUUUUAAAAAGCAACUUAAAACAUUUUUUUUUAAGAAAGCUUUUAAUUUGUUGGAAUAG